GUCUCCGCGUAAUCAUAUUUUCUUCUUCCAGUAAAGAGAAAACCAUAACUGUUAUUUAAUUCUACGGAAGUAGAAACACUUGGAAGAAUAUAUAAUUAGGAUCUACAAAACGAAAUGUUUGCCAUACAAACUAUCCGCACAACCAUUGUACUGCUUACCAUUGUUCUUCUGCUCGACAAAUGUUCCGGUUAUCCAUCGAUACGGGAAAAACAGGGGAUAGCAUUUUAUUGCACGGGAUGCGGUGAUUUUUGUCACAAAUGUGAAUAUGGUACCGUUAUAUCGAAUGCUUGCGGUAUUCGGCAAUGUGCAAAGGGACCCGAUGAAUCGUGUGGAGGACCGAGGGAACUUUACGGCAUUUGCGGCGAAGGCAUGCGUUGCAACUGUAACAAAUGCGUGGGUUGUAGUUUAGAAAAAUUGAACUGCUCCGUAGACCAAGACCCUUGUUUACCGCAUAAAAGCUCAGAAUCACGCGAUAUGAAUAGAUUUGAAAGAUGGUCUACUGCCAUGUAAAUUGAUAAUUAUCUAUCGUUAAUCGGACGGUUACUUGCCUAUAUAAGCGAACAACUGAAAUCUUUUCAAAUUUGACAAAUGAACCAGUGGAGAAUUAAACGCAUAACACUUUUACCGAUUUUACCAAUAUUAUUAGAUACACGCGUAAGAUGACAAAGGAGUAUAUACGGUAACGAUAAAGAUGAUUUUAAACGUCGAACAAUAAUGCGAAGAUUAAGUGACAAAUGCGAAGAUGAACAAACCAAGUAUCGACAUUUGUAAUUUCGUAUGUAAUCAUCAAGGGUAGGAAAGGGAAAGGAAAAAGCAAAGAAGCAGGUAAAACCAAAGGGGAGGCGAAUUAAAGAGAGUGAGAGAUUGAGUGAAUGAGCAACUGAAUGACUGAUUGUGAGUAACACACAGAGCGGGGAGGGAAAUGUAUACCGGAAACAAGAGAAGAAGAAUGUGGAAAAAGUUAGGCGAAUGCAUGACGGAGACGGAGAGAAAAGGCGAUUAUAGAUAGUGAGACAUUUACAAGGUUCUACUUCUACUACUGUUACUGAUUUCUUUCUCUUUCGAUUAAAUUACGUUUAUUUGCAACAGUUUAUUUGAAACAGUGCUUAAGAUAUAUUUAAAUUAUCCUAAAUGUUGGUUUGCGUACGUACAUGGUUAGCACAUUAUUCAUAACAGUUGAUAAAGGUUAAGCGAGGAAAAAGAGAACAACGUUAAGCGCCGGUUUUGCCAUUUUACUGUAAAAUUAACGGAACAAGAGGAAAGGAAGAAGAAAAAACUAAGCAGAAGCGAGAGGAACGGGGAGGGGGGAUUUUAAUUAGAUACAUUCGUUUUUAUUGUUCGUAAAUAUGUUCGACUGGUAAAUUUGCGUAUAUUAUUAAAACAAGCGAGAACGUUAAAGUGUUAUGAAUACAAAUAUUAUGAUUUUAAACGAAAU